AUGUCUGAAGAAAAUGUCUUCCAAAUCCCAACGCCCUUCUCCCCGGGCGUGGGUUACGGCCUCGUUGUGGGAGUCGGAGCCGCCUUCGCCAUCGGCAUGUCCCUGAUCUCCUGGAUUCUCAGCCGCUACAUGAACGAAAUCCAGGAUUCCGAAAUGUUCAUGACGGCAAAGCACUCCGUCAAGACGGGAUUGACUGCAUCUGCCGUCGUCUCUUCGUGGACCAUUGCGACCACUCUACUGAGCAGCACGACAUACGGAUAUCGAUACGGAGUUUCCGGCCCGUUCUGGUAUGCUGCUGGCGCCUGUGUUCAGAUCUUGCUAUUCUCGGUCGCAGCUGUGGAACUCAAGCGGAAGGCCCCUCACGCCCAGACUUACCUUCAAGUCGUCAAAGUCCGCUACGGAAAGGCGGUCCAUCUUGUCUUCACCUCGUACUCGUUGAUCUACCAAAUAAUCACCACUGUCAACCUUCUGGUGGGUGGAUCGGCCGUCUACGCUUCGAUUACUGGCGUCAACCGCGAUGCCAUUUGCUUCCUCUUUCCUGUCGGUGUGGUCAUCUACACGUUGAUGGGAGGAAUCAAAGCGACGUUCAUCACUGAUUGGAUCCAUACUGUGAUCAUCUACGUCAUUAUGCUCAUGUCGCUUUUCGUCCUCUACGCAACCUCGAACGUUGUCGGCUCCCCCGGAAAGGUGUGGGAACUCCUUCGGGAAGCGGCAGUUCUCCACCCGGUUGAUGGAAAUGCAGAGGGACAGUAUCUUACAAUGAGAUCUCAACAAGGUGGUUUCGUCGGUCUGGUCUUCAUUGGCGCUGGUUUCGCCGCGUGUGUCGACAGUCAGCUCUUCCAGAAGGCCAUUGCUUGUGACCCUCGCAGCACCUCAAUGGGAUAUAUUCUCGGUGGCCUAUCCUGGUUCACAAUCCCCUUUGUGCUUGCGAGCACCUUCGGUCUUGCCGCUGCUGCCAUGGAGCAUCUUCCUGAGUGGCCUACCUACCCGAACCGAAUGAACGACUAUGAAGUCGCCUCAGGCCUUGCUAUGCCCUAUGCUGCAAUCGCGUUAAUGGGCAACGGAGGUGCAAUUGCGGUGCUUCUGAUGAUCUUCAUGGCCGUGACAAGCGCAAUGUCGUCCGAAACCGUCGCCACCACGGCUCUCGUCACAUACAACGUUUACCAGGCCUAUAUUAAGCCCAGUGCCACAGGCAAGCAGCUUCUCGCAUUUUCUCACUUUGUUACCGUCGGCUUUGCCAUCUUUGCGGCAUCGAUUGCCGUGGCUUUCAAUCAUGGAGGCUUCAGCGUUGAGUUCCUCAUCACAGCCAUUGGUAUUUUCGUCGACGCCGCCAUUGUCCCUAUGGCUUGCACCAUCAUGUGGAAGAAACAAUCCCGACUCGCAGCAUUGAUUGUUCCCCCGAUUGGCUCUGCAGCGGGCAUCAUCGCCUGGUUUCUCACGGCCCACAAGAAUGAAGGGACCAUUUCAAUUGCCACGCUCAGUACAAACGAGCCCCUCGUGGCUGGAAACAUCAUGUCCCUAACCGCACCCUUAAUUCUUACGCCUCUCAUCACGUACAUUCGACCUGACAACUUCGACUGGCACACUUUUAAAGAUCAGAUCAAGCGUGGUGAUGAUGAGCACAUUACUGUCCAUGGGCGAGCUGUCAACAUACAGAGUGCCGAGGCUGCCGCGGUGCUUGCCGAGCAAGAGAAACACGAGGAGGAGGAUGAUCAAAUUCUUGUUAAAGCCAGGAACCGCGCGCUAGCUCUUGCCGUCUUCAUCACACUUUCUUUGUGCAUUCUGUGGCCCAUUCCCAUGUAUGCGUCGAGCUAUGUUUUCAGCAAGGGCUUCUUUACCGGCUGGGUUGUAGUUCUGUUCCUCUGGGCAUUCUUUGCCGCGAGUGUCAUUACGUUGCUUCCAAUUUGGGAGGGCCGAGGCCCUAUUGUAAUGGUUUGGCGGCGCCUGAUU